AUGUACUCACCUGAAACGACGCAAUCAAAGUGCGAAUAUUUUGAUCAUCUCAUACCAUCAUAUAACUUAAAUAAAAUGAACAGCAAUUUGAUAUCAUCAACGACGUCGAAUUUUUCUGACCAUGGAAAUUACCAACAAAAUCCUUUAAGUGUUUACAACAAUUAUAAUCCAAAUUAUCAUCAUUAUCAUUACUAUUUUCCCCCAACUCUACAAGAAUAUGGAUACAAUCAACAGCAACCUGCAAACUUUCAUGAUGAUUUUAAUAAUUCAAAUUGGAUGAGGAAAUAUGAAAAUGAAAGUCAGAAAGAUUAUUUGCUGCCCAAUACACCGCCAACACCAUCAGAGUGCUGCGACUUUGAAGUACCUCAACGGAUUACGACGUCAUUAAAGACAAAUGAAAUUAAAUUAUUUAACGAUCUUGAAAAAUUAUUUCCCGACGAUCGAAGUGAAGUUAAAGUGACAAAUAAUAAUCUUAGUGAGUCUUAUGAAGCUUGUAGCUUCUGGGAUAGUGAACUAACUUCAAAUGAAAAGAAAAUUGCUAAGAAAUCCCCGCAAAUUAGAUCAAAAUCGAGAAUAGAAGUUUCAUGGAAAAAUGAAAAGAAUGGAAAGCGAAUUGCAAAAUCCUUGAAUUCUCCAGAUAGUUGUGACACUUCUCCUCUAGCAGUAUCAAAUCGCAAAGAACGAACAGCUUUUACCAAGCAACAAGUGAAAGAUCUUGAAGCUGAAUUUAUUCACUCAAAUUAUUUAACACGAUUGCGACGGUAUGAAAUUGCUGUAGCUUUGAAUUUAAGUGAGAGACAAGUUAAAGUUUGGUUUCAAAACCGUCGGAUGAAAUACAAGCGAUCGAAAUCAAGUGGAGGUUUAAGUCCCGACAAUUUCUCUGACAAUAGUUACUAAAAUCACC